AGACGUAAACAGUGCGCCAGUACGUCGAGCGCUGCGUCCCUUCGUCCGCGGUGGCCAUGGCCAACCUCAGAGGACAGGGCUGAGGGGGUGGGGGAGAGGAAGGCCGAGAGAGGUGGUCGGAGGCGCCAUGGCCUCGUCAAUGGUGAGGGCCACUGUCCGGGCCGUGAGUAAGAGGAAGAUUCAAGCUACCAGAGCGGCACUUACACUGACACCCUCUGCUGUAAAUAAGAUAAAACAGCUGCUUAAAGACAAACCUGACCAUGUAGGAGUUAAAGUUGGUGUCCGCACAAGAGGCUGUAAUGGACUUUCUUACACCCUAGAAUAUACAAAAGCAAAGGGGGAUUCUGAUGAAGAAGUAGUACAGGAUGGUGUUAGAGUGUUUAUUGAAAAGAAAGCACAGCUGACACUACUAGGAACUGAAAUGGACUAUAUAGAAGACAAACUGUCCAGUGAAUUUGUCUUCAACAACCCAAACAUCAAAGGAACAUGCGGCUGUGGAGAAAGCUUCAACAUUUGAAAUCUCAGGACUAUUCCCAUGAUUUUAAACAUCACAAAACUGCUUUCUUGAAGUAAUCAAUUGGGACUUUUUCGUGUCUUUAGACUUCGUAAAAUAUGGCUGCCUUUUUAAGAAAAUAAAAGCACUGCAUUUUGAAAAUGUAAUCGGUGUGUUAGAUUUCAGUUCUCAUGCACUCAGGUUUGAGAAAGGGUGAUCUGUCUGCAAAACCUAAGAACACAAGAGGUACAAUAACACAUUUCUAAUUUGAUUGGCAGAAAAUUGCAGGACUAGUUUUCAGCAGUCUUUCUUCUGCAGGAUGUUGCUAGUAGUUCACAAUAUGGAUGUAAAGUCAUAUUAUUUUGAUUAGAGUGAAUUAUAGUAUGGUAUUUGUUGUGCUUUGAAACAAUACUAAACCUUAUAUGUAAUGGUUAUGUCCAAGAGUUUUUCAUUUGUAAUAGUCAAUUAAAAAAAGAUCUUCAAAACUGAACUCAUUCUGAAAGGAACACAGCCUGGUUUGAGAUAAUUUAACCUACACUUCAAAUAUCAUUUACUCCUAAUAUCUUACGACCCUCUUCUCUCCUCCCUCCCCACACCAUUGCCCACUUCUUCUAAAAUGGAGAAAUGAGCUUUUUGUUGCCACUGGGAAAGGCAUCAGUAUUUUAAGGAACCAGGGUAACCUUUAUGACCACUUUGAUUUUGCAGUAGGCAGUGCAGAAUCUUGUGUUGUUUCACCAUCUUGUCCCUUGUUUUCAUUACUUCAUCUUAAAAAUUUUGGACCCUGUUUCUGAAAACAAAUUGUCCUUAGUUCAUAUUUCUAAGUCUUCUUUUAAUAAUCACACAAUGAAGGAAUUUAAUAUUUCAGGGCUGUGCAGUUUUGUUAACAAGUAAUCAGCAAUUUUAGUUAUAAAUACUUUGGUUGAAGGAGUAAGCUAAAUAAAAGCAGGGUCUUUCCAUCAAUGGCUUAUUUGGGGAGUAGCAGGAGUAACUUAAAAGGUGAUAGUCAUUUGUAUUUUAAUAAGAUUAGUUAUGGUUUCUAUCAUGAAUGAAACAGUUCCUUAAAGGCUUACUUUCACCUUCUUACAGCUAAGUUAUGCUGUUGUAUAUCUAAAAAAAUACUUCUCGUCUGGUUAAUAUAAAACUCAGCCAUUUUCUUACCUAGAGAGGUAUUUCCAGAUUGCCCUUCGUGUACUUGUACUGCUGCAGUUAUCUUUGUAGGCAGACACCUAUACCAGUCAUAUUUAUGAGAUGCAAAUGAAGCCUCCUCCCAAUAACGCUUAUGUUGCAGUACAAGAUUGCUAGCUACAAUAGUCUUAUCAGUUGCAACAGGCAGGUGUACUGCAACAUAUUUGUUAUUAGGAGAAGGCUACAGUCCUUUUCAUGACAUGUCAAAAUAUCCUGCUACUGUGAAAAGAUUAGUUAGACUACAUAAAGGAAUAUUAAACAAUUUAUAAAUAGGAGUGGCUACUACUACAAUCUUGUACCCUAUGAAUUUUAGAAAGUCAUUUAAAAUUCUAUGUUGAGAACAUCUCUAGAGUUUGACUGAACCUUCUUAGGGUGAACGAAGACUGAAUGAUGAAUGUAACAUGUUCUAUGGAAAAGUGGGAUUGAUGUAUUUAAUCUUUUAAAUUUUAUUUCUUUGAGAGAUAUUAUGUGGUCUGUGUUUUGGUAUACAGACAUCUUGAAUGACAGUGCACUACCAAAUUACAAAAAGUAGUCAUAAGCACCUAACGCACAAUCUGAAGUAAACUUUUAUUGAUAGCUAUGUAAGACCAUAACAUUAUUAUUCUUGUGUGCAAUACUGUAUUGUAGACUUUGGUUGCAAUAAAUGAUGUCUUUUGGUUAAACAUGAAA